AUGUGGUCAUCAAGCAGUGAAGAACAGCAACACCAACACCACUACGAAAGCCUAAACAAGAACCUUGGAACUCUUUCUUCAAAAUCAUCAUCAUCAUCCACAUCUUCUUCUAGUUAUAAUCAUCCAAAUAAUCCUAUAUUUAACAAAGCCAUGGAAGAAGUUUGGAAAGACAUAAAUCUGUCUUGUUCUAAAGAUCAUAUUGAUCCACAAAAUACUACUAAUAGUAGCACCAAUUUUUGUGGCAGAAUUUUGCAAGAUUUCUUGGCUAGGCCUUUUGCUAAUGAGCCUCCAACAACAACAACAGCCUAUGGCUCCCCUGCUGCUCCUCCUCCUCCCCAUGUUACCAUGUUAACAUUGAAUUCUGGCCCUGAACUUCAUUUCUUUAGUAAUUUAAACCCAUUGAGGCAAAGCUCAGUAUCUCAACAAAAGGUCAUUUCCAAUGCAUUGGGAGGAGGGAAUGGUAAUGGUAAUGGAAGAAAGAGAUAUCCUCGUGAAUCAGAUAACAUUAAUUCAGGUGACCUGAAAAACAAGAGGAUGAUCAAGAACCGUGAGUCUGCUGCGAGAUCAAGGGCUAGAAAGCAGGAAAGUCUUGCUUACACGAAUGAAUUGGAAAUGGAAGUAGCCAAUCUGGUGGAAGAAAAUGCCAGGCUCAAGAGGCAGCAGCAACAGUUAUGCUUAGCUUCAACAGCUCAGCAUCCAAAAAAGAACUCUCUCUAUCGAACGUCAACGGCACCAUUUUGA